UGUGGCUGGAGGGCCUUGGAAAAUGGUAUUACAAUGCAGCGGGCUUCAACAAACUGGGGCUAAUGCAUGAUGAUAUGAUGUAUGAGGACGAGGGUGUGAAGGAGGCCACCAGGAGGCUGCCCAAGAACCUGUACAAAGACAGGAUGUUCCUCAUCAAGAGGGCCCUGGACCUGACCGUGAGGGCCCAGAUCCUGCCCAAGGAGCAGUGGACAAAAUACGAGGAGGAUAAAUUCUACCCUGAACCAUAUCUGAAAGAGGUUAUUUGGGAAAGAAAAGAGAGAGAAGGGGUGACCUCUGGGGAUGACCAUGAGCACAGCGGGGGUCUGGUGACCAUGGUGUCCACGCACACGGUUCACUGCUAUGACGAAGUCGAUUUGGGAAUAAGUGUCCAGCAGGACACUGGGGACACUUCUUCCCCCCAGACAAUGGAGCUCAGCACGGGCGCAGAUGCCCAGGCCAGCGGAAAGAAUCUUGGGCCAGAAGCCAGAACCCAGCCACCAGCUGCUAAGUCGCGUUUUUCCUUGACACUCUCUCGGCCUGUACCAGGACGUACCCGAGACCGCGCCUCAGAUUCAUCGCGGGCACCGGUGACGCUUGAUGUCAGCCCCCAGAGAGCUCCGGAGAACAAAGACCCAAGUGAGAGGCCGGGUCUUCCGGCAGCAGCUGCACCCGGGCCCGACCCGGAUAAAAGCCCAGGACGCAGCCCGGCCAGCGGAGACGGCGGCUCCGUCAGUGCACAGUUGGGGGGAGGAGCCCCCGCCAAGCCGAAGGACUCCAGCUUUUUGGACAAACUCUUCAAACCGGACAGGGGACAGGCCAAGGCACCCGCAGAGAACAACCCAGAACCCGCCAGCCUCCAGCCUCCAGCCCAGCCUGCCGACACCCCGGGACCAGUCAGGCUGUGCAACCAUGGCUCUAACCAGACGGACAUAGAUGCCAGUGAGGAGAAAGAACCGGAAGUCAGUCCUGUGAGUCGCUCUCUCCCCCGGGACGCAGCUGAGGACCAGCCCCAGAUAGCAGGGACAGAGAAUAACCCUUCCAUCAUGAGCUUCUUUAAAACCCUGGUUUCACCUAAUAAAGCGGAAACAAAAAAAGACCCAGAAGACCCGGCAUCCAAAGCCGAGAUUGUUUGUGAUGGACACGUGGGGCAGAAGACGGCCCAGAUCCAGGCCAAAGGCUCCAAGAAAAAACAGCUGCAGAGCCCCAGGCUGGGACAGGCCUGUAGGAAACUCUUUAGACAAAAGGGUACUGAAAAGUCACCCACCACUACGACAGACCUUAAAUCAGAUAAGGUCAGCUGUGCCCCCCAGGACACCCCGCGGGGAGCAGCCAAGAAUCCUCCAUCCACUGAACCAGCCAAGGAAGGGACCAAGGAGAAGGGGGCGCCCACGUCUCUGCCUCUAGGCAAACUGUUCUGGAAAAAGUCAGGCAGAGAGUCGCCGGUCCCCCCAGGUACAGAGGAGAAUGUGGUGUGUGAAUCACCAGUAGAGGCGCAGGCAAGCCAGGAGUUGGAGUCUGACUUAGACACAGUGGAUCUCGGCGGAGGAGCAGAGGCCGCCCCCGAGCCCGCAGAGGCCAAACUCAAACGUGAAGAGCGAAAACCAUCCAGAACGUCCCUGAGGGCGUUUUUCAGGCAAAUGUCAGUGAAAGGGGACGGAGGGACCUCUCACUCCGAAGACACAAACGCGAAAGACGCCAGCAGCCAAGUAAGUGACCUGGAGCCCCUUGGUGGCGGGCUGGCUGCCCGGGGCCUCUCCACUCCAUCCUCAUGCGGUGCAAACCUCAUGCCAACUCGCAUCUCUGCCAGCCCAAGACCCCCUGCCAUGUGCCAGACGUCCAUCUCCGCGGAGAAGGUGGUCAUGCCGCCAGGCCCCUCUGAGCCCGCAGCGGCAACCCCGAAGGGCAAGGAGGGACCCUCCAAGGACAAGAAGACCCCUACCGCCGCCACCGCCCCCGCCGCCGCAGAGACAAACAAGCCCAAGGGGAACAAGCAGGAGGCCCGAGCCCCAACUCCGGAGCCUGCAGGGGCAGCGGCCAAUGCCCUGCAGAACGGGGGCGGGCACGACUCCCCGCGGAGGCCCGAGAAGUGGCGGCAGCCCCUCGGGGGCUUCUUCAAGAGUCUGGGACCGAAGCGGAUGUCGGAUGCCCAAGUGCAGACAGACCCCGUCUCCAUUGGACCCGCUGGCAAAUCCAAGUGCUGGCCCAGGUGGGGUUUCUCCAGGGUCAAGAAGAAGAAGCGGCCCUUGCAGGAUCAGAGGUGCUGAGCGGACAGUCACCCACGGAGCAGAGGGCAAAGCCCACCCCUCUCUCCGAGUCAUCCCUGCGGGGACUU